GCCUCCGCCGUACUACUAGCCUACGGUAUCUCUAAAGGGCUAAGCUAAAUCGGGGAAACCGCGCGCCUCUAACCUAACCAGGAAUCCGACAGGAAUCUCUUUUUUUUUUAACCACGAAGAAAAGAGGAUCGAGUACAACAACCAGCUGAUUUUUCCAGUCCGAGUACAUCACAAAAUUGCAUUUAGUGAAAUUCUGAAGCAACAAUAAUGACCAAACUUCCUAUAUUCGGUCGUAAGUGUGGUAUCAUCGGCUUUAGUGCACUUUCGUAUCAGUCGCAUCGUCCACGACAUCCGACCCACCCAAGCCCCAGCCGCACCGGCAAGCGGGGUGUAAAACACCGCUUGGUUCCGUCGGAUGUUGGAACUUACUGUAUGAGAGGUACUGACACUGUCUACAAAUGUCUUGAUACGGCUUUAAAACAUGGAUAUCGUCUUAUAGACACGGCUGCUGUCUACAGAAAUGAAGAAGACAUCGGUAAUGCUUUGAAAGAGCUUCUCCCAAAAUAUGGACUUGAGAGAUCUGAUAUCUACAUCACAAGUAAACUUGCUCCAGCUGACCAAGGCGAGAAGGCAUAUGAUGCAUGUCUGCUUUCAUUACAAAAGCUUCAGAUGGAGUAUCUUGAUCUCUAUCUCAUACACUGGCCGGGAACUCAAAAACUUAAACCACAUGAUCCUAAAAAUACAGAGAAUAGACAAGUCACCUGGAAAGUAUUGGAGAGGCUGCACAGGGAAGGAAAGUGUAAACAAAUUGGAAUUUCCAACUACCUAGUCAAACAUAUGGAAGAGCUCAUGAAGUAUGCGGAAAUUCAACCAGCUGUUAACCAGAGUGAAUAUCAUCCUCUGUAUUUGAUUAAAGAUGUUGUGCAAUAUUGUCAGAAAAAUGGGAUAGAUUUCCAGUCAUACUCAACACUUUAUAGAGGGGAGCUUCUGAACCAUCCUUCUGUAGUGUCCAUCGCAGAUAGGAUACAACGUAAGCCUUGUCAAGUCCUCCUCAAAUGGGCGAUGCAGGAUGGCAUAGGUGUAAUACCCAUGUCUACUAAACCUGAUCAUAUCAUUGAUAACUGUGAUGUAUUUGACUGGUCUCUGUCAGAUGAGGAUAUGAUUGCAUUACAUAGCUUCAAUGAAACAAAGAAAUGCGCCUGGGAUCCUGUUGAUAUUAUAUGACAAUACAGACAUUCUCAUGUACAGUAUCGAUUCCUUUUUAGAGAUGGAGGAAGAAUUAUUUCCAUGUUCAAAGGAAAAGAAAUUUAAUUUGCAAGCUUUUUGCGGAGUCUUGUGGUCUGGUGGAUCUGAUUCUCACCCUUGCAACUAAGGGCCGUGGGUUCAAAUCCCAGCAAAAGUGUGAUUUCCUUCAGCAAGAACUUAUGCACUUUGCACUCAACAAAGGGGCUUGUGUCGUCACAUCGGGAUGUUGCGUCGGGUCGGGCAAUCACGUACACCCAGUUUAACCGGCCAUUCAGGAAGUUUGUUAUAAUUUUCACAAAACAUUGGUUAAACUGGACCCUACUUCUCGGAAUAUAGGGUGCCCUUUUCUGGAAUGGUUGGGUUUACGCCUCCGCCCGAACGGAAGCGACAACCUGAUGUGAUGACACAAGCCCAACCAUAAAUACUAACAGGUUAGGUGAAUGGGUACCCAGUAGUCAGGAUUGAUUUCUUGAAUGCACCAAGGGCCUUUAGCAGCUGGACAUUAAGUCAGGGUAUAGUGCACCAUUUACCAUUGGUAACUAGAUAAUGUGCUCCUCAUAAAUGCUAUUAUUAUUAUCAAGCUUGCUGAUGUAGCUUUAUUAACAGACCUUAUAGUUUUUAAGGCCAUGUGCCCAUUACCUUUGCCUGCACAAUGUAUUUUGUCCUGUUUUCCAUUGAAUUAUACAACUAUAAAUGUUUGUUUGAGUUUAUAAUAUCAAGUCCAACAGCUUAGUUGUGAGUCUUUGUUGUUCAAAACUUUAACAGACUUCAUAAAUAUCACUGCCUGUAUACCCAUAAUUUCAUAUUAGUUUCUCUCGUCACUGAUGCAUGUUUAUUUGAUUUAUUAAUCAUCCGUCAUACAUGUAGGAUGGAUAGCCCUUUUAGCAAGCUGAUUUACAAAGGGGUUCACUAUAUUUACUGAAUAUGUCUGUGUCUGUAUACUAUGCUGGGUUUUCAUUAAAACCUCGAUGAACUAUCUGAGAAAAAAAUAUCUUGAUAUUGUUUAUCUGAAUAAACAAAAAUAUGUUUAAACUUUCAGAAGAGAGGCUAGCAAAUUACAUAAUUGAUUUUAUGACAUAAAUGAGACAUAUACCCUUUUUAGACAGGCUAAAAU